AAAUAUAGUUUAAUUUAAUUUUUACAAAUAAACUAGCAAAUAACACAUAUAAAUAUAAUAAUGGGCAUAUCUGUACAAAUGCGAAUUAUUACUAAAAUUAUCUUCAUAUAAAUUUCAGUAAUCAAUAUCGUAUGUAAGGCAAGCUUCUUUGCUUCUGAUCAUACUGGUAUCUUUUAUCAGAACAAAAUCGAUGCUAAUUCCAGCAGUAGCUAGCAAAUUCGAGGAUAUGAUUCCAGCUAUUUUUAAGAUUUGAUUGAUGAAAAACAAGGAAUUGAAUGGAGUGCAUAAUAUGACAGGUUGCUGUAAAUUUAAACUUAAAAUAAGCUUGAGGGCAGAGAUUAAUCUUGUUACUACACUUGCAGUUCUUGUUUGGGUGAUGAUUAUUAUUCUUGUACGUCUUGUUUUGGAAAUAGAAGCAUGAAACAAAGCAUAAAUGGUUAAAUUAGCAUAUGCUUGUGCGGAUUAGGCUCGGUGGAUGAAGGACCUGGCUCUUGCAGUGGCUCAUCAGAUCAAAAUCUAGAAAUCGCAAUCAAGGCUUUGUUUUCAAGUGCUUUUGGAGUAAAUUUAUUAACAAGCUUUGUUGUAUGGAAUCCUAUGUAUUUUUUAAGUUUCAAUGAAUUUAGUCAAGUUAUUUCUCAAAUGGCUUACGUUAAUAAGCAGAGCACUCUAAAUUUUGAUUAAAUUGCUUAUUAUAUCACUAAUUCUCACCUAGAUAAAAUUCUUACUCUUCAGUAAAUUUCAGAUUAUUCAUUAUCAAGCAGUAAUGCAACGACAACUUCUACAAGGACACUUUAAAAUCCUAAAAUCCUCUUAAAUGACAAAGAUACUUCAUUUAUUGUUAAUAUUAUUUUUCUUAUUAUCCUGAACACAAUAGCUUGGCUGAUUUCAGUUUUUGGUAAAAAUGAUGUUAAGUAUCAUUAUUUAUUCUAAGUCUCUACACCGAUUAUUAUUUACAUCUUGACUUUCAAUGACCUAAAUUUAUUCGCUUUUUUUCAAUUCUCAAACGUAACAUUUAACACGCCUUUGAGUUCUACAAGCUUUUUCUUUGCGUUAUUGGCACUUAUAUAUAUAUUUAGUUUUUUUGGAUAUAUGUUCUAUCACAUUUGCUUGAAGCAAGUUUUAAAUGAAGAGAAAUAAACUUCUUAAUUAAAAUAAUAUCUGCUUGAAUUAUAAAGCCUAAUUGCGAGAUCUGGAGCAGAAGAAAAAAGCAACGAAGAAGAUUAGGAUUAGGAGAAUGAUGAUGUCUUUUCUAAAAAAUCUCAUUUAACUAACUCAAAACCACUGAAUUAAAAGUAGAACGGAGAAAAGAAUGAAUAAUACGAUGCUCACAGCAUGAUACUAAAAGACCUAGAACAGUCUGAAAAUCAUUAAGAAAAUAAAGGCGUUUCAAGAAAUAGUGAAAGAAUGCAAUUAUCUCAGUAAUAGAAAAGUAUUAAUAUUUUGGAUGGAUAGUAGUAUAUUUCUAGAAAUUUAGAUAAUGAAAGCACCUAAAUUGAAAAUGACAGUCCUAUUAAACCUAAGAAAUUCUAAUUACUUUCUGAUAUCAGCAAACAUAAAAGUAGCGCAGAUUUAAUACCUAAUAAUAAAUUGGAUGAUUAAAAAUCAUUAGAUGGGAAUUUAAAAAAAAUCGAUGGAUAAAAUUUGUAAGAUUAAAACUAAUAAGAAGAAAAUAAAUUAGAAGUAAGGAGCAGCAUUGAAAAAGAGUUAGAAAACAAUAAAAAUAUGCAAUUAAGAGAAGAAGAGCUUAAGCUCAAAUUAAUUGAGCAGGAAUUUAUUUUACAAUAAAAUAGAUCCAUGUUCUAUUUCCUUUAUGUGUUUAUUAAGCAACACAAUUUUAUUCAAAGAGGUUUCUUUACUGCCUUAAUAUUUAGAAAAUUAUUCUUCUCAUUAAUUAAUUUGUACAUAUAUGAAAAUCCUUAAGUUUAAAUGGGUCUCCUCUUGCUAGUUUAAAUACUCUUUGUAAUCUUCAGUUUCAUAGCUAGACCAUUCUAAAUGCGUUUGCACAAUAUUUUCUUCUUCUUCUUUGAAACAAUAGCUUUAAUUUGUUUCAUUAUAUUUACAUCAAUCGCCUCAGAAGAUGCACAUAUAUAGACUUAGAUCUCAGCAAUUAAAGCUAUUUGCUCCUUCCUUAUAUUAGCAUAUGUCAUAUUUUUAUUUAUUGGAAUUGCUGGUAUUGUCUUUUUGAUAAUAAACCUAAUUAAAAACCCUAUUUAAAAUAAUGAUGAAGAGUAAUAAAGUCUCAAGGAAAAUGAAAAUAAAAAAAGUCAUCCUAGCGAUGAAGAUGAUGAAAAGAACCAUAGAAAGAGAUAAGAAUUAGCAAAAAAGAUAGGUGAUAGUCCUGAUGAUUAAUCUCCAAGAUAGGGCGAAACACUUUCACGCAAUAACUCUCCUACUAUUUUAUAAAAUUAGUAAUCUGAAGGAGCUUUCAGUUAAAGGGGUAAGCUAAUCAAGCCAUUUUAAAGUGUAAGUAAUGUGCUUUUGGAAGCAGAUGAAGAAGAUGAUGAUGACUUUAACAUUAACAAAAAAAAUUCAAACUAAGGAGGAUAAUUAACUUCUUCACAGGCAAAUAAUGGAAACUAGGAAGUUGAAAUGAUUCGUAGGCCUGUUUAGUAAUAAUUAACAAUAAUACGUCAGUAAGCUGAAGAGUUAUUCAAAUAAUAAAAAUAACUCUUUGAAAGAAAUAGAGAGAAGCGUAUGAUUAAGACAAUGAUUUUGUUAAAUGGAGUUGAUUCUAACAGAUAAUCUUUAACCGAAAUAGAUAAUCAAGAUUUUAAAAAUUUCAACAACAACAAUAAUGACGUUAAUAAAAGCAUUCCCGAUUUAUAGCAGGCUAUCUCAGAAAAUAAAAGAAAAUAAUUUGAUGAAGAAAUGUCUUUUAACAGAUUACCAUAUAGUGUACCUUAAACUUUCCGCAAUAAUAAUGAAGCUUCUUAGUUUAUAGCAAAGGAAGGAGGAGACACAACUGGCAGAAGGAUAAUGGAAGAGCCAUCCAGCAAGGAUUUGAAGCCUAUAAAAAUAAUAGAAGAAAACGAAGAGAUUCGUAUUCACUAAAAGAAAAGAAGCAUAUUUAGUCCAGAAAAAUCAAUACUACAAAAUUCUACAAUUUAACUUUAAAAUAUUGGGCUUAAUAGCAAUAAUAAUAGCUUCUAUACCGAUGCCUUUAAUUAUAAAAGUGGAUAAGGCAUGAGUGAUCUAAACUCCCCCAACGAUCUCUCUCCUAUCAGAAAAAGUGAUUCUCCAAAUGAUUAAGAUUUCAGCAUUAGAUUUUCUCCAAUCUUGUAAAAAAGAUAAUUAGAAAAGCCACUGCAAUCAAAAUUAAUUAAUUUAAAUCCCUCUAAAAUUGAUAACUCAGAAAAUAGUACUGUUUUGCCUCCCAAGGAAAACCCUUCUAAAAUUACUAACUUGAGAGGAUCUGAAGACCACUUAGAGUAAAAAAAGAGUUUCAUACCUGGAUCAAAUUCAGAUUUAUAUUAAGAAGAAGAAGAGUGUUCAUCUCCUUUAAAGUUUGCUUUUAAAUUCUAAAAAAGUUAAUAAAAAUAAUAAUAGGAAGACUAAGAAAACAAAAAUAAUAGUAAUUAAAAAGAUAACACCAUCUUUAUUAAGCCAUUUAAUAAUUUGGAUUCCAAAUUUGCAAGUCCUAAAAAAUAAAUAAAUUCUCCACUUUCCACUUUAAUAAACUUGUAAAGAGAGUUGCAAGAACAAAACAAAAAGAAUAGUUAAGUUGGUCCUGAUUCAUUGCCAAAACCAAAUGGUGAAAAAUCAAACAAUGAAAAUUAGGCUGUUUCUAAGAAUUAGGACAAUUCUUAAAAUAAUGAAAACCCCAUUAUUAAAAUUAAUCCAGUACCAACUGGCUAAAGCAUAGAAGAACCUAAACUUAAAAACAAUGAAAAAGAAGCUCAAUAAGAGCCUAAUAAAGAAAUUAAAGACCAAGCUCAAAUUUAAGGUUAAGAUGAUUCUACUAAAAAUGAUAAAAACUAGAUGGAAAAAAGCAGUGAUUAAUAAAAAGAUGAAAAAAUGUUAAAUGAUCUGCAUUAAAAGGUUGAAAGCAUAAACAAAGAAAAGGAAAUAAGCUCGAAAAAAUAAUAAAACUCAAAUAUUUUAAAUAAUGACCCAAGUAAAGAAGCUAAAAGAGGUGAGGAGUAACCCUUAAAAACUAAUUAAGAAGAAAAGAGUAGUUCAGGUGGUAGUGAUGACUAUAAUAACAUGACUCACAAUGAGAGCUAUAUCCCAUAUGAAACUGAUUUAAAUAUGUAUGGAAACUAGAUUGACUAGCUCCCCAUGAGAACAAAAACUAACAAACACAACAGGUCAUUAAUUUUGAAUUCCUUUUAAGACAAAGAAGAAAAAAGAAUUAGAACUGCAAACGUAAUCUAACAAGGCACACUCAAAAUUGAGGAAAAUGAAUAAGAAGAUGAUGACUUCAAUAACAAAUUACCUGGUCCAGGUAUUUCAUUCCAACAAAAGUGA